UCGGCCUCCGGAGCUGCGGCUGUGGUCUGGGCUCGGGCGGCAGCGCGGGCGGUUCUUCGGUGGCUGGAGCAGGAGGACCAGCAGCACCUGGAGCCUGGACGGAGCUCGUGAUUUGACGACCAGCAGCGGCGCUGCAGCUAACGGGCUUGGGCGCGCUAUCCAGCGGACCGAAGACGGCAGGGCAGCCGGGCGCGGGCCCCGCGGGCCGGAGCGCGCCAGGUCCGUGGGCCAGCCGAGCAGAUGAUGGAUUUGGACGUGCUUCUAUGAAGAAAUGCCAUGUGUCUCUACUGACCCAAGAACAAACAUGCCCAGACCACUGCUGCCUUAGGGGACGAGGGCUGGGUGACAGCUCUUCCCAGGGAGUCAGGCAUCAUCUGAACCCAGGAGCAGGAAGCACAUCAUCACCAAUGACAGCAUGACAGCAAGAGAGCACAGCCCUCGCCAUGGCGCCAGGGCCCGUGCGAUGCAGCGGGCAUCCACCAUUGAUGUGGCAGGUGACAUGCUCGGCCUCUCUCUGGCAGGAAAUCUACAAGAUCCAGAUGAGCCCAUUUUAGAAUUCAGCUUAGCCUGCAGCGAGCUGCACACGCCAUCGCUAGAUCGGAAACCAAACAGUUUUGUAGCAGUGAGUGUGACCACCCCUCCUCAGGCGUUCUGGACGAAGCAUGCUCAGACGGAGAUCAUCGAGGGAACCAACAAUCCUAUAUUUUUAAGCAGUAUUGCCUUUUUCCAAGACUCCCUUAUCAAUCAGAUGACACAAAUCAAACUAUCUGUGUAUGACGUCAAAGACAGAUCUCAGGGAACAAUGUACUUACUGGGCUCUGGGACAUUCAUUGUCAAGGACCUGCUCCAAGACAGGCAUCAUCGGUUGCAUUUAACACUAAGGUCUGCAGAGAGUGACCGUGUUGGUAACAUCACAGUCAUUGGCUGGCAGAUGGAGGAGAAGUCAGACCAGCGGCCUCCAGUGACCCGGUCUCUGGACACCGUCAAUGGGAGGAUGGUCCUGCCCGUUGAUGAGAGCCUGACCGAAGCACUGGGAAUACGAUCCAAAUAUGCUUCAUUGAGAAAAGAUACUUUACUGAAAUCUGUGUUCGGCGGUGCCAUCUGCCGCAUGUACCGCUUUCCCACCACCGAUGGCAACCACCUGCGGAUCCUGGAGCAGAUGGCAGAGAGUGUGCUCUCCCUACACGUGCCCCGGCAGUUCGUGAAGCUGCUGCUGGAAGAAGAUGCGGCCAGAGUGUGUGAACUGGAAGAGCUGGGGGAGCUGUCCCCUUGCUGGGAGAGCCUGCGGCGCCAGAUCGUCACUCAGUACCAGACCAUCAUCCUCACGUACCAGGAGAACCUGACUGACCUUCAUCAGUACAAAGGUCCCUCAUUUAAAGCAAGCAGUCUGAAAGCAGAUAAAAAGUUGGAAUUUGUUCCCACAAACUUGCACAUACAAAGGAUGAGAGUUCAGGACGAUGGAGGAUCAGAUCAGAGCUACGACAUCGUCACCAUUGGGGCGCCAGCAGCACACUGCCAAGGUUUUAAGUCAGGAGGCCUCCGCAAAAAGCUGCACAAAUUUGAAGAGACCAAGAAACACAGUUUUGAGGAGUGUUGUACAUCAUCCAGCUGCCAGUCCAUUGUCUACAUACCACAGGACAUCAUCAGAGCCAAGGAGAUUAUCGCCCAGAUCAACACUCUGAAAACCCAAGUGAGUUACUACGCAGAGCGGCUCUCGAGGGCGGCCAAGGACAGGUCUGCCACUGGCCUCGAAAGGACACUCGCCAUCUUGGCAGACAAGACCCGGCAGCUGGUCACUGUCUGCGACUGCAAGCUGCUGGCCAACUCCAUCCAUGGGCUGAACGCGGCGCGGCCUGACUACAUUGCCUCUAAGGCCUCCCCUACCUCGACCGAGGAGGAGCAGGUAAUGCUCAGGAAUGACCAGGACACCCUCAUGGCCAGGUGGACAGGCAGGAACAGCCGGUCUUCUCUGCAAGUGGAUUGGCAUGAGGAGGAGUGGGAGAAAGUAUGGCUGAAUGUGGACAAGAGCCUGGAGUGCAUCAUUCAGCGGGUGGACAAGCUGCUGCAGAAGGAGCGCCUGCAUGGAGAGGGCUGCGAGGACGCCUUCCCCUGUGCGGGUGGUGGGCCCAGCAAGAAAGGUAACCACGGCAGCCACGCCUACUGGAUCAGACCGGAAGACCCCCUCUGUGAUGCCCACUCCUCACCAUGCCCCUCCAUCGUGUCUGCUGCAUGCCAUCCUCAGCUGACCACAUAUUGCAGCCCCCCUCCUGAAGAGUCCGGCCCAGGUGAAUGGAGUGAGGCCCUUUACCCACUGCUGACCACUCUCACCGACUGUGUGGCCAUGAUGAGCGACAAGGCCAAGAAGGCAAUGGUCUUCCUGCUCAUGCAGGACAGUGCGCCCACCAUAGCCACCUACCUGAGCCUGCAGCACCGCCGAGACGUGGUCUUCUGCCAAACCCUGACCGCUCUCAUCUGUGGCUUCAUCAUCAAGCUGAGGAACUGCCUGCAUGACGACGGCUUCCUGCGGCAGCUCUACACCAUCGGGCUGCUCGCCCAGUUUGAGAGCCUGCUGAGCACCUAUGGUGAGGAGCUGGCCAUGCUGGAGGACAUGAGCCUUGGAAUUAUGGACUUGAGGAAUGUGACCUUCAAAGUCACUCAAGCCACUUCCAGUGCAUCAACUGACAUGCUGCCCGUCAUCACAGGAAAUCGGGAUGGGUUUAAUGUGCGGAUCCCUCUGCCGGCCCCCCUGUUCGACGCCCUGCCUCGGGAGAUCCAGAGUGGCAUGCUGCUCCGGGUGCAGCCUGUACUCUUCAAUGUGGGCAUCAAUGAGCAGCAGACACUGGCUGAGAGGUUUGGCGAUACGUCUUUACAAGAAGUUAUCAAUGUGGAGAGUUUGGUGCGAUUAAAUUCCUACUUCGAGCAGUUUAAGGAAGUUUUGCCUGAGGACUGCUUACCGCGGUCUCGGAGCCAGACAUGCCUGCCGGAGCUGCUGCGGUUCCUGGGCCAGAACGUCCAUGCCAGGAAGAACAAGAACGUGGACAUCCUCUGGCAAGCUGCUGAGAUCUGCCGCCGCCUUAAUGGGGUCCGGUUCACCAGCUGCAAGAGUGCCAAGGACCGCACGGCCAUGUCGGUGACGCUGGAACAGUGCCUGAUCCUGCAGCACGAGCAUGGCAUGGCCCCGCAGGUCUUCACCCAGGCCCUGGAGUGCAUGCGCAGUGAGGGUUGUCGAAGAGAAAAUACAAUGAAGAAUGUUGGAAGUCGCAAAUAUGCGUUUAAUUCCCUGCAGCUGAAGGCUUUCCCCAAGCAUUACAGGCCUCCUGAAGGGACUUACGGCAAGGUUGAAACUUGAAUACACGGUGUCCUCUAAUUAGCUGUUAUAUAACAAAUGUGGGUACCCUCUAGUGUCAUAUAUGAAUUCUUCACGAAGACCUGAAGGAUUGAUUUUUACUUUUGUGUUUUAAAAUAUUUCACUAAAGAGUCUAUGGAGCAUGUUUUUUAUUCCGUUGGAACCGGUAGGAGGUAAUGUUUGGCUCAGUAGCGUGGGUAGUAAUGACUGCUCCGUUAAACAGCCUGCAGCCAGGACCACAGAGGCGUCACUGGCAGUCGCCUCCAGGAAUCAAGCUAGGUAGGUCUGAAAUGCUAAAAGACUUUUUAAAUGUCCACUUAGGCAUCUGCUCACUAUUUUUCUACCAAGUAACUCAGAAUUGAGCAUCGAAGUACAAUCUACUUUUUAAAAAUCUGAGUGUAAAACAGUAAACAGUUGGAUCCCGGACAGACCAGAAAAUGUUCCAUGCUAAUUCAAGAUUUGGGGAAAGAAUCCAGCUCUGGCUCGUGUAGUGAGAGCAGGUGGCUCUAAUGAAUCAUGUCUGUGGCAGCACAGGUGGAGCCAAGAGUUGAAGUAGAGGUUGAGAAAAGGCCUGGGAUAAGACUUUACUAGAAGAUAACACUUCCAAAGCUACUCACACAUUGGGGACCUCUUCUAUCCCUUAUGUUACAGAACAGGGCAUCUGCUUGAGAAUGGGAAGCCAGCUGUCUCCUGUUCUCUUAUCUCCAUGUCUAGUGACCCAGGGUGCAUGUCCCCCUCUCGCAUGGAUGCUGAGUUACAGCACCCCAGGACCUCACCUGGGUAUGGCGAUGCCUCUCACAGCAGUGGAGAUUUGUGUGUGUAGAUGGUGGAAGCCUGAAUCUUUUCAGGUCAGAUGUCCUUAGUAGGUUUACCUAUUUAUUGUCUUCUGAAAGACAAUACAAUAUUUGACUGAUUAAAGUGUCUUUUAGGUUUGCAAUAAUUGUUACUAUCCUUUUCUCAUUCUGUUAUGUAAGGUGACUAUUGAGAAAGUUGAAAUUAGCUCCUAAAGUGAGAUUGUUGAAAGGGAUUAAUGGGCCAUAAAACUUAGGAAUUUCAUAGAAAAUGAUGUCUGGUCAUCUAUUAUAAGAUGAUGAAUCUUAUCUGUACAUAGCAGAGUUUUUUUCUUAGUGUAUAUGUUUUAUCAACUGUUUAUUAUAAUGAUUGUUAUUCAGAAGGCUGUAAAAGGAAUAUAUUUGGCACAUUCAGGAUACUAAUCCUAAUGAUUGGUGCACCCUUAGGAAAUUCCUGUGCCUACAAUUCUGGGUAUUACUCUUUGGGCUCCUUUAGAAAUGCCACUUGGAAAUGUAAUAGCCUGGGGAGCUGAGGCACAGCCAGGAAGGACCACCUGUGGCAGGGACAUACUGGGUGAGCCACCGGUAAAGGUGGAACUGGAUGACCUUCCAGAUCCCUCCUACUUGGAAGUCAGUGCACAGACAGCCUGCUGUGUUCUGAUUGCCUGUGGAAGGGAAGUUUCCACUGGUCGAGUGUGCACUGGUGCGGAAGACGCCUCAGUGAGGGACAGUUGAAGCUCACCGUCUCUCUUGAAGCUGGAUUCACUGGAGGCUGGUGCCAGAGAAACCCACGUCCACCAAACCCACUGCAGGGGUGGCAGCAGCUGGUGCCAGGUUCUCUCCUGCCGAUCCCUGUUCAGUUCCCAGUAUGGCUGGUUAGCCUUUUACCUGUCCACUUUGUUUAAUUUGUAAUUUUUUGAGUAUCUUUCACAUUUCCAUCUUCUUAUUUUAGUAUCACUACCUUUAAAAAUAUUCCCUUGUCUUUUUAAAUUAAAUGUCACCCAUACUUUCAGAAUUUUUUUUUGGGGGGGGGUCUGAAGAGCAUUAAAUACCUGUGUUUAUCAGAAGGGAAUAUAGCAAAUGUUGAGUCAGUUGUCACAGUUUCACGUGUGGCACCUCAUUGUGAAUUAUUUUUCCAAUUUUGUCUUCAUGUUAUGGACAACCACGAAACCCUGACUUGGCUAAUCCCGUAGAAAAUAUUCAGGUUCCUAUAUUCUGUCUGAGCACUGCUGCUGGGCUCCCAUGACAAGUCUCAAAGGGCCUCACACACUUACCGUGCUUGCUGAGCAAGGCACAUUGUCACGGUGGCCAGCAGCCCCUCGGGACACGUAGAAGCUUUUGAGUUUUCAGUUGUACAAGGAAGGCAGUCUUGCAGGAUGUCAUGAAAUAAGAGGUUCCAUCCAGUGUUCCUUGUAAGGUCCCCACUGAAUGAGAAAUGUGGAGACUGAACGAAAACUCAGGAUGUGCUGUGGGUUCUGUCAAAGCACCUGUGGCGCAGAUGCCUUCCGUUCCCUUUAAAAUAUACAAAUAUUGUAUAAUACUGUGUGUCUCUACACGGCUGUAUUUACCAAGCUUAGUGCACUAAAGUACUUUUAUUUAUUUGUUUUAGACAGUAUUAAUAUAUAUAUAAACAUGUAGUUACCAUUUUAUAUAUUCUUAGCUCAUUCAAAGCCAUGUAUGCUGUAAAUGUGCUGUCUUUAGAAUGAUAAAUAAAUAACUGACAAGAACAUUAAACUUG